AUGGAGGGCAGUAUUGAUCGUAAACAGAGAGGAAUACCUAAACUGAGAGAUCUUUUGCGACGGCAGAGACGAGAAUCAGAGGGCCAGUUGGAUUCUACACCCGAUGUUGAAUUUACCUACGACGAUGCCGAUAGAAAAUCGGCCGAAAUCGCCGAGCUUUAUAGUUACACUGAAGAAAAUGAAUUAAAAAUAAAUAAGGAAGCAUUUGAAACUAUGGUAUUUUCACAAGGUUUUGGUCAUCAAAAAUGGACUGAGAUGAAACCAAGUGAAAGGAAGAAAUUUCUGUUUCUUGCACUUGAGACUUGUGAGGCAGCAGACUUGGAAGUAAGACUCAGAGCAGCAAGGGUUUUACUUUAUCUGGUUCAAGAAAUGGAGAAGAAGUCUUUUUAUGAAUUAAUUCAAACUUUGUCAAAAUUUAAGAAAUAA